CACACACACACUGAGAGAUACGCACGCCGUGUCCAUUCACCACAGGACCUGAAGGAGAGCAGCCACACGCUCCUCGGUGCUUGUAAGCGUGUCUCUCUUUGUGACUCAUGGAUUCAUGGAGUUUGUACAGGACCUGAUUGACGCCGUCUGCUGGAGGUUUGGGUUUCCAGCGUUCCUCUGAACAGAUGCUUCUGUUCUGUUUUACUGAUAUUUCGAGCAGUAUCUGGCGUCCUCAACAAGAAAGCUCAGUAUCAGAGGAUAGGCAGCAUGAGUGUGUCCCGGGACUCUAUGGAGGAUUACUGGAGCGAGGUGAAGACCAUCGAGGAGGAGCGUCAGGGAGGACCGGAGGAGGCCAUGGAGCGCGCCAGCAUGGACGAGGCGGAGCUUGAGGAGGCGUGGCUGCAGGAGGCGGGGCUCUCCACGCUGGUGACGGGAUCUCAGAGCGAUGGUCCGAUCGAGGCUCUUCUCUCCACGCUCACGCGCUCACAGGCCGCUAUGGUGAAGAAGCGACUGGAUAACUACACGCAGACGCUUCGAAAGAGGAACAGACAGCCCAUGAGACACGUACGAGACGUCUUCUCCACGCCCGGCGCCUCGUCUGACCUGACGCCUCCUAUUUCCCCGAACGGACAGAUCGCUCCCAAACUGCCGCACUGGAAUCCACCUAAAGUGCCUCCGUCGUGUGCGGCCUUCGCUCCGGACACCAACGGCUCCAGCAGCGUGUCCGAGGCCAUGGUUUUAGCGUUUGACGUGGCGUAUACAGAAGUGGCACGAGCUCAUCGGAAAGGCAACGAGUGCCAGGACUGCCGGAGAAUCCGUAAAGACGACAGGGAUCUACCGAGUUUUCAGAUAGCGAAGCCCAGACAGGGCGUGACGCGAGUGAGCGAUCUAUCGUCUGAGGACAUCAAGAAGAUCGGCUACAUCUCCCUCAUCGAGCUCACCACCUUCUACGACUUCCUGGGCAUCGAGAUGAAGAGGAACCGUGUGGUGCGCAGUAAAGCGCGAGACAGCGGCAUAUUCGGCGUUCCUCUCACUACGCUGCUGGAAAACGACCAGAAGAAAUACCCCGGUUCCAGAGUUCCUCUGGUUUUCAAGAAGUUGUUGUAUAAACUGGAGCAGACAGGAUUACAGACGGAGGGGAUUCUCAGGGUUCCAGGAUCAGCAGCCAGAGUGAAGCAUCUGCGCCAGGAGCUGGACCUGAAGUUCUACGAGGAUCGCUUCGACUGGGAUCAGGUGCGUCAGAACGACGCGGCCGGUUUGUUGAAGAUGUUCAUCCGUGAGCUGCCGUAUCCUCUGCUGACCCAGCAGCACCUGCCGGCGUUCACAGCCGCUCAGAGUAUCUCAUCACCCAAACAUCAGAUCCAGGCUCUUCAUCUUCUCAUCAUGCUGCUUCCUGAAGCCAACAGAGACACGCUGAAGGCUCUUCUGGAGUUCCUCAGGAAGGUGGUGGCGUACGAGGAGAAGAACCGCAUGAGUCUGUGGAACGUCUCCAUGAUCGUGGCGCCGAACCUCUUCACGUCCCGAGGGAAGAACGUCAAACAGGAGGAGAUGCAGGGCGCGGUGGCGGCGGCCCAGCUCGUUCGGCUCCUCAUUACCCAUCAGGACCUGCUGUGGACGGUGCCGUGUUUUCUCAUCUCUCAAGUCAGGAAAAUGAACGAAGCCGCCGCGGGCAAAAAAACGCCGACUUCAGAGAAGAGCAAGCGCAGACUCCUGAAGAGAUGGAACACGGAGAAGGAGCGCGAGCGCAGCGAAGUCACCGACCUUCGUGACGGCGUCAUCAGGGUUCACGCGCCGCUUCACGCCAGGGUUUCCAUGGCGAUUCAGCUGAACCCAGAGACGAAGGCCAGAGACAUAAUGGCGCGAUUCGACAUCGAGAACGGGCGUGGGUCACGCAGCGCCAGCCGGAGACAGAGACAGUAUCUGUUCGAGAUCGGAGGAAACAUCGGCGAGCGCUGCCUGGAUCCAGACGCACAUUUACUGGACGUUUACCGAGCUAACCCUCACUGUGAAUGGGUGCUGAAGUCUCGCGCCACAUGAAGACGCUGCUUAACCGAGGCUCUCGUCGGAGGUCAGAGGUCAAGCAUCCGCCGCUGCGGUUCAGUGCUGGUCAUUGAGUUUGUUUGGUGCCAAACCUGUGUGCCCCUUCGAUCGGACGCAUGUUCCCUCGCUUCACACCACUACAGCAUGUACAUAAUAUUUAUAGCACUAAUUUAUCCCGCUGUACGACAAGGAUUUUGUAUUGUUUAUAUACGCCGCAUGUUUGUGAUGAAGCCACGUGACCUUAAACACUACGAACAUAAUCACCCUCAAACCAAACAGAAGAAAUCAACAUUACAGAGCCGUCGGUCAUCUUAUUAUUUUCACAAAACGUGUGAUGAAUUACAGGAAGUUUCCCCGUAGUUCCUUUACUUUGACUCAUUUAAUGUAUUAUGUUUUUUUUUUUAUUGUAAAAAUGUUUUUUUACAGAAUUAAGAAUCUAAUGAGAAUCAUCAUUGACAACAAAACAUGAAAGGUUCUGAUGUAUCAUAUAUAUAUAUACAGUAUAUAUCUCUCUGUACUGUACACAUAUUAGUGCUGUCAAACAAUUAAUCCCAUCCAAAACAAACUGUUUACAUGUUUGUGUACGGUGCAUAUUUAUUAUGU